AUGAUUUUGGGAACUGGUUGGGCAAGCUUUCGUGUCCUUGCUGACAUAGAUACCAAGAAGACAGACGUCACCGUCGUUUCUCCUCGAAACCAUCUGCUGUUCACGCCAAUGUUGGCAUCUUCCGCACUGGGGACGGUGAAUCAAAGAUCGAUUUGCCAACCUGUGCGUCCGUUGGUGGCUAAAAAGAAUGCCACCUACUAUGAAAGUGCUGUUGUUGCGAUUGACAAGGCGACGAAGAAAGUCACAUGCAGAACGGUGGGAGGGGAAGAGUACAUGCUGCCGUACGACAAACUGGUGGUGGGAGUGGGCUUCCAGCCGAACGACUUCAAUAUUCCAGGUGUGAAGGAGCACGCCCUCUUCAUGAAAGAGACGGCAGAUGCUACGCGAUUCAAAGACCAUGUCUUGGAGAAGCUGGAGGAAGCCUCCUACCACCACGCGUUGGACAACGAUUUGUCCGUGAGUGACGAGGAGCGGGCGAGGAUCCAGGACUUGCUGACCUUCGUUGUGGUAGGAGGUGGCCCGACGGGAGUCGAGCUUGCUGGAGAGCUAACAGACUUCCUCUAUAAUGAGGGUGCGAAGCUCUACGGUCACUUGAAGCACUCAAUCCGUGUUCACAUGUUCACCUAUGACCUCCUAAACACCUUCGACCAAGACUUGCAGGAUUAUGCUCUGACCCACCUGCAGAGAAAGCAGGGGGUUCAAAUUCAUCUUGGUGCCUUUGUUCAGAAAGUGGAGCCAAACGUAGUGCACGUCAAGACGGGAGAGAGCCUGAUGUCGAUUCGCUAUGGCACACUGGUGUGGUGUGCCGGCAUCAAGCCUCAUCCAUUCGUGAAGUCUUUUGGCUUUACGAUGAAUGAUAGAGGAUCUCAGAUCCUCGUAGACCCUUACUUGAAAGUGAAGGGGGAAGAUGACAUCUAUGCCAUCGGCGAUUGUUCCACCAUAGAAGAUUACUGGCUUCCGCAAACAGCGCAAGUUGCCAAUCAACAGGGGCAAUAUCUGGCCAAAGUGCUGAGUCAGAAAGACCCCUUGAAUAUUAAGCCUUUCGAGUUCCACAACAAGGGGACGAUGGCGUACCUCGGCGGCUUUACGGCUGUCAUGGCCCAGCUCCCGGGUGUGAGCCGGGUGACUGGCUUUGUUGCGUUUCUUGGCUGGCGCUUCACCUACUGGUUCGUCAUGGGGAAGGGCCAGCGUCGACUGAUCAACGAAGGAAGCUCCAUCUCCGAGCCGGGAAUGCCCGUAGCCACAGUUUUCACGGUGCGAAACGGCACGGCAUGGCAUGAUCGGUCGCUGCUAGAUCUGGCACAACCGGAAGUUGAUAUGCACGCAUUUAUCACAGAGCCGGAGCUGUCAAGUUGGGAGGACUGCGUGCAAGCUCUCGUUCUGCAGGCGGCAGUCCGUGAGCGGGGAGAGUGGCAAAAGAAGGCCCGAGGUUUUUCUCGUUUCCGCAUCCCUCCCGAGCCGGGCCACUGGCAUGAGUCGGUAACCUCUGCACUGACCUGGAGGAUGCGUGAGGUCGAAGCCUUGCAACGCGAAAUCACAUUGCUGGAAAUGAGGCAAAGGGGAGAGCAGCGCGACAUGUGCCAGCUCCACGCGAGGCAAAGCAAGAGGAGUGUGGGAGCAGAGGCUAGCCGUUCUUUUCGCAGCCGCCAGAGCUCCGGUGCGUUCACUUGUCGGGAAAGCUCCAAGUCUGGCUCUGUUGGAUGGGUUGGCAGCCGAGCAAGACCAAAGCCUGUUACCUCACGAAAGCCGAGGUCUCUUCACGUGAUCCUAGAGCCGAACCUUGGGUCUUUGGUGCGCCGGCGGCAAAGAACAGAGGUGCAGCCCCUUUCCGGUGGCCUUUGUUCUCGUGCCAAAAGAGGUGACACUGAGGUCUACAUGUGGGGAUGGGAGCCCACCGAUGCCUGCUUCCAGGAUCAAGAGUUUGCGUUUUCGUCCUACACGCUGCCCGACGUUCCGCGCCUGGGGCACCGAGAGGCCAUUGUCGAGGCGCAGCUCCUCCACGAAGUGAUGAGCGGCUAA